AUGGGGGAUAACAAUGAGGAGAUUGACGUGAGUGAUGUUGUCGUGGCUCAACCCGCCGCUGCUGAUAAAAAUGAAUCGAUUAUGCAAUUGAUGCAACAGAUUGACGAAAUGAGGGUCGAAAUGCAAAGGAUGCGAGAUUUGCCUAAUCCAAUUUUAUCCUUCAACCCUCCAAGAGACGGAAGACCUCCACUCUACUUUCCUCCCUCGAACGCGGAACUGAAUCUCUCCAUUGUUCCAACCAUACCUCAAAAGACUACUUUCCAAAUCCCAACUUCAAAUGAACCUUAUGCCGACUGUUCCGAGCUUGAUCACUAUAAGGAACAGGAGAGAGAGUGGAGGUCAAAAGAAGAGGUAGUCAAGCUGAAUAUGAAAGAAGAGAUCAGGAAAGCCAUGAAGGAGUUGCACUAUAUUUCCGAAGUUGAUGGAUUGAGCUAUAAGGACUUAUGCAUCCAUCCGAAUCUCGACCUUCCAGAAGGGUUCAAAGUGCCAAAGUUUGUCACUUUUUAUGGAAUAGGAAAUCCUCUAGCACAUCUGAAAGCUUAUUGUGAUCAACUCGUGGGAGUUGGCAAAAAUGAAGCAUUGUUGAUGCGUCUCUUCAGUCGAAGUUUAAGUGGAGAAGCACUGGAGUGGCUUACAUCACAGGAGCUGAAACAAUGGAAAAGUUGGAAUGCACUCGCAAAGGAUUUCACGGAAAGAUUUGGGCAUAACAUAGAAGAUGCCCCAGAUCGCUACUACUUGGAGAAGAUCAAACAGAAGUCUACAGAAAAUUAUCGAGAGUACGCUUUUCGUUGGAGAAAAGAGGCUGCGAGAGUUCAACCUCCAAUGUCCGAGCGUGAGAUCACCGAAAUGUUCAUUCGUACUCAAGAGCCCGAGUACUAUGAAAGAAUGUUGUGUAUGAUGGAACAAAAGUUUGUCGAGAUUGUCAAAGUGGGAGAAGCUUUGGAAGAUGGUUUCAAGACUGGAAAGCUCAUCAGACUUACCGCAUUGCGAUCUAAUGGAAAAUCUGCUAGAAUCAGUGAUAUGGAUAAAUCAAAAGGAAAAGUGGAGGAGGUAAGCAUGAUCACGGCUACUCAUACGAGGUCAGCUUCUCAACGGAAAUAUCAAAACCAUAAUGUCAGUCAGGAAAAAUUUCCUCGCCUAAAAUUCAGGAAGGCCCCUAAGGUAUUUACCCCAUUAAAGGAGUCUCAAACUCAACUUUACGAAAGGUUGAAAGCAAUGGGUAUGCUCUAUCCUAUAGAAGGAAGACCAGCCAAUCCUUUGGGAAAAUUUUACAGAGCUGACCACAGAUGUGCUUAUCAUUCAGGAGCCGUUGGACAUGACACAGAGAAUUGUUCAACUCUGAAGCACAAGGUAUAA